CAUUUGUAGCUUUUUUUCUGGAUCUCCCAUUUCUUUAUUUUCUUGGAAAUAAAAAUUACUUAAAAAAUAAUCAAAGAUCACUUCUCAGAAAGAAGCUCCCAACACCACACACACACACCCUCUUCAGUCUUCUCUAAAAGCCACACCACAUAUAUUUCAUUCAAACAUAAUCUUUUUUCUGGUAUCUUGAUUAGUUUCUUUCAAUCUCACUUUGUGGAACCCAAUUUGAUUGCUCUCACUUUCUGUCCAAUAAAUCAAGAUUAAUGUUGCACACAGAGCCAUCAUUCUCUGUUUAUGCAGAUGAAGAGGGGUUGAUCAAUAUUGAGAAAGUGGAUUUGAAGGUUGAAAAAGGGAGUGAUGAGUUCACUUUUGCAAAGAAUUUGAGUGAAUUUGACAAGUUGGCUAUUAUUGUGGGAAAAGAAGAAGAUGAAGAUGUUGUGGAUGAUUAUAAGAAGAUGGUUGAUCAAGAUCCUUCAAACCCUGUGUUCCUGAAGAACUAUGCUCAUCUUUUGCAGUCGAACGGAGAUCUUGACGGGGCAGAAGAAUACUACUUUCGCGCUACACAGGCCGAUCCUAAAGAUGGUGAAAGUCUUAUGCAAUAUGCUAAGUUGGUAUGGGAGCUUCAUCAUGAUCAAGAUAGAGCCUUGGGUUAUUUUGAGGCUGCUGUUCUUGCUGCCCCGGAAGAUUCGAAUAUUCAUGCAGCAUAUGCAAGCUUCAUGUGGGAAAUAGAUGAAGACGACAACGAGAACAAUGAAACUUCACCCGUCGAGGAAUCUUUGGAGAUGGAUGAAAAAUGUUGCGACCCGUUGGUUCUUAGAAACCAUGCCCAAUUUCUUCGACAGACCAAGGGAGACCUUGCAGGAGCUGAAGAGUAUUACCUGCGUGCAUUACAAGCAGACCCCGCAGAUGGUGAAGUCGCUUCACAAUGCGCACAAUUGGCGUGGGAGCUUCAUCAUGAUAAAGACAAAGCAUCCGAUUACUUUGGGCAAGCACUCGCAGCUGCUCCGACUGAUAGUCAUGUUCUUGCCGCAUACGCCAAGUUUCUUUGGGAAGCAGAAGAUGAAGACCAACAUCCAGAUAAAUUGUAACCGCCGUAUCUAGUCAAUGAUGCACACUUUAUACAUGUGUUUUAUUGUAUCGAAAUAUCACAUUCAGAACUAUGAACAUAUGACAGUAUUUAAAAGUUAAGGGUAAAAGAAGCCAAAGAGCUGCAUAAACCAUUGUGUCUGA